AUGUAGAUGAGAAUAUAGACACGGACGAACAUGCAGGACGUGCAGAUGAGGACGUAGAUGAUAGUGAGAGUGCUUGUGACAAUCACGGAGAUUUGGACGAGGAGGAAUCUGUGCCGUUAUUAGAUUCAGAACGCUAA